GAACUUGAAGUGAUUUACGGUUUACCCUCCGCCCUAAACUGCGUCGCUUCUACCUCCGUCACUUUCUUCUUAGGAAAAAAUACCAAGUGUUGGGUAACAGCAAGCACUUGGCAGUGGUAUCAAAAUGGCGUUGAGAUUGGCUGUGCUAAAAAGCUCUGGGAUUCACACAGGAUGUGGGUUAUCCUUCGCGCGGUGGGCUCAUGUCGCGGCCCUUCCUGCGCCGAUGGAUUCAACUAUCAGUUCUUCUACUGUAUCUCCACCGUUGCUUUUACCAGAUAACCCAGAAGAAAAAAACAACAGCGGUUUCGGAUUCCCAAGUUUCUCAUUUGGUGGGUCCAUGGAACUUAUGGCUGUCCCUAAAAGGAAGGUUUCCCCCCAUAAGAGAGGCAUAAGAAAUGGGCCAAAAGCUUUGAAGCCUGUUCCAGUGAUUAUUCGGUGCAAGAGCUGCGGUCGAGUGAAGUUGCCACACUUCUUCUGUUGCAGUGGAGAGAGGCGGAAGGAAGAGUGAUGGAUUAAAUGAUUCUGCUAGCUGCUUCUCUGCAAUUAAGCACCAAACAUAGUUUUGUAAUAGGGGUCAACAUGUUGUUUUUUGAAUUAUCUAAACUUUUUCAGAUUUUAAUAAACUUGAUAGAAGCUUGUUUGUAGAAACACUGAUUGCAUUGUGUUUUUCUUUUUCCUCUUAAUCAUAAUGAUUUCUUCA